CAUGCGGGUAGCAAAGGAACUGUGAGAAGGAGAUAAUCACACUACAAUACUUUCUCAUCCUUAGUUUUACCUGUGAUACCCUCGCAAUGACAAGCCGGCGCAGCAAAGGGGACACUUAAGGGGAAUUUACGGAAAUCAUUACAGCUAGGAAACUAUAUAAAAUAAUUGAGAGUAACUAUUGGGGAUAUUCGUUGGUAUCGACUUGGAGUAACUUUGGAUACUUGGACAGUGACUAUCGGAGAAUAUCUAUCUAUUUAUCAUUUUCGCUUACACAUUGCAUGAAACUGAGAGUGGAAGCACCAUGAGUCGGAAAACUAGACGCUGGAUUUUUCGGGUUUUGCUUUGCCUUGGGAUUGUCUAUUUGAAAAUCGGUGGUUUUUCAUCCGUGGUCGCGCUAGGUGCGAGUAUAAUCUGUAACAAGAUUCCCGGGUUGGCUCCCCGACAGCGGAUAAUCUGCCAGAGUCGCCCGGAUGCCAUUAUUGUCAUCGGAGAGGGAGCCCAAAUGGGGAUCAACGAGUGUCAGUUUCAAUUCAAAAAUGGGCGCUGGAACUGCUCUGCGCUUGGAGAGAGAACGGUCUUCGGAAAAGAGUUGAAAGUGGGCAGUAAAGAGGCUGCGUUCACCUAUGCCAUCAUUGCGGCCGGAGUUGCCCACGCCAUCACUGCAGCCUGUACGCAGGGAAACCUGAGUGACUGCAGCUGUGAUACGGAGAAGCAGGGUUUCUACAGUAAAGGCCAGGGCUGGAAGUGGGGCGGCUGUUCAGCAGACAUCAGCUACGGCCUGGGCUUCUCAAAGGUGUUCGUUGAUGCCAGGGAGGUCAAACAGAACGCCAGGUCUCUCAUGAACCUGCAUAACAACGAGGUGGGACGCAAGAUCCUGGAGAAGAACAUGCAUCUGGAAUGCAAGUGUCACGGUGUUUCUGGCUCCUGCACCACUAAAACCUGCUGGACUAAACUUCCCAAGUUUCGCGAGCUCGGCUACAUUCUCAAAGAGAAGUAUGCCCAUGCUGUGCACGUGGAACCGGUCAAAGCCAGCCGCAACAAGCGGCCCAAAUUCCUCAAGAUCAAGAAGCCCUACUCCUACCGGAAGCCCAUGGACACAGACCUGGUGUUCAUUGAGAAGUCCCCUAACUACUGCGAGGCGGACCCGGUGACGGGCAGUAUGGGGACACAGGGCCGGAUGUGUAAUAAGACUGUUACGCAGCAGAUCAGCGGCUGUGACCUGAUGUGCUGUGGACGGGGGUACAACACACACCAGUACUCCCGCGUGUGGCAGUGCAACUGCAAGUUCCUGUGGUGCUGCUACGUCAAAUGCAACACCUGCAGCGAGAGGACAGAGGUGUACACCUGCAAAUGACAGUAUUUAUUGGACCGUCGGAUGUGUGUGUGUGUGUGGGGGGGGGGGGGGGGGGGGGGGGGGGGGGGGUGGAUGUGUGUGUGUGUGUGCAUAAUGGAAACUUUUUUUAGGUAAUGGAUCAUUGCUGUUUUUGCAGCAGUAGACAUUGAGGAACUAUAAGCAGAAGAUGGAACAACAGCGAUUUUGUCUGCACACAAUGCUCCUUCUCCCCUCUCAUUGGACAUAUACUGGGAUGCCUGCAACAGAUCACCAUAAAGGGAAACACACUGUGUCCUGGAUGGCAGGAUGGGACAGCCUCAGAACAUGAACUAUAACAUACUGCGCUAUCUGCCAGCCAGCCAGCCUAGGUUUUUGGACUAUGUGUCAAUGCUGAGACUGUUAAAAAGCUAUGGAUGGAUGUGUACUAUUUGUUGACUGUAGAGUGAAUGGAUUCCCCCAACGCUCACCAUAAAUCAAUGCUGGAUAUAAUGCUGGACUCUGCUACUACUGUAGUUCUCUGUACCUGUACCCUCUUAGAAAAGGGGUUCUGAAAGGGCUCUUCAGCUGUCCCCAUAGUAUAACCCUUCCAGGUAGAACCCUUUUGGGUUCCAUAUAGAACCCUCUGUGGAAAGGAUUUUACAUGGAACCCAUAAGGGUUGGUACCAAUAAUGAUUCUUCAAAGGGUUCUCCUAUGGGGACAGCCAAAGAACCCUUUUAGGUUGUAGAUAGCACCUUUUUUCUAAGAUUGUAGCUCAAUAAGACACGAUAUGCACAAAUGAAAUUAAACAGCCAUCGGGAAUAUUUAACACACUGUAUUUAGAGACAAAUAAAUAAUAUUAAUUUAUUUCAAAAAGAAACUACUGAUUUUACCCAUUAUGGAGCAAGUCUUAAUUGUGUAGAUGGUGGGUUCUUCCCCAAUGAGAGUUUUUGUUAUUGUUUUGUUUGUUAAUGCAAUCCAAAAUAGAAUUUAGAGUCAUACACUGGAAUUAGGACCACCUGGAAUAUUCUGUUGCUCCGAUUGUUCCAGGUUAGGCUGGUAAUAGGCUACUGACAUUGACUUUCUCAUGAGUUUGUGCUUAAUCUGAAAUCCUACCCUAUUCCCUUUGUAGUGGCUCUGGCCAAAAGUAGUGCACUAUAUGGGGAAUAGGGUGCCAUUUUGGACAUGGACUUAGUCUUCCUUCUGUUUGCUGCUAGUCUGGAGAAUCCCUCACUGUGGUCUAAGGGCAUCAACACUACUGUCUGUGUUGAGUGACAACGCUCACCUCAAGCUGACUAAAUUUAACAAGACAUAUUCAACCAGACACUCUUUUUGGUAAAUAUUGGUAAAGAGAGUAUAUUUUGAAAAAGCCUAUUUUUAUAUACAUGUCUUAUUUAUACUAUUUCUUCUGGCAUAUUUCAAUAUCACACUCUUCCCUCUUUAUCCCUCUGGAAAACCCAUUCAAUAUCACACUCUUCCCUCUUUAUCCCUCUGGAAAACCCAUUCAAUAUCACACUCUUCCCUCUUUAUCCCUCUGGAAAACCCAUUCAAUAUCACACUCUUCCCUCUUUAUCCCUCUGGAAAACCCAUUCAAUAUCACACUCUUCCCUCUUUAUCCCUCUGGAAAACCCAUUCAAUAUCACACUCUUCCCUCUUUAUCCCUCUGGAAAACCCAUUCAACAUCACACUCUUCCCUCUUUAUCCCUCUGGAAAACCCAUUCAAUAUCACACUCUUCCCUCUUUAUCCCUCUGGAAAACCCAUUCAACAUCACACUCUUCCCUCUUUAUCCCUCUGGAAAACCCAUUCAACAUCACACUCUUCCCUCUUUAUCCCUCUGGAAAACCCAUUCAAUAUCACACUCUUCCCUCUUUAUCCCUCUGGAAAACCCAUUCAAUAUCACACUCUUCCCUCUUUAUCCCUCUGGAAAACCCAUGUGGGAAAAUGUGCCACUGCUGUCACUUCAUUGUUGUACUGUAUACUGUAUUGUUGUACUGUAUACUGUAUUGUUGUACUGUAUACUGUAUGUUAUUUGGAGCCAUGUGUUUGUCCCUGUGAAUAUAUGGCUGUGUUCAAACUGCUUUGUUUACUGCAUUUCAUGACUGCUAUGGUUGGAAUACAGGAACAGGAUAAGACUAACAA